GCAUGACCAUACUUGAGGGCCAAGCAACCUGUUAGUAUUUGCCAACUUCUCUCUCUCUCGUGUUAGACUUGCUUUGUCUUUUCCUUCUUUUUUCCCUUUGCAUUGUUUGUUUUCUUAGACGGUAGGAGGGAUAUUAGGAGGGGGUUCUCUACUCUUUCUCUUUCUCCUCCAUCUCACCCUGGGGAAUGAUGAGCAAAAGUGGAGGAGAAUUCUAUACCUUCCCAAAGCCCAAGGAGAACCAAGGGAGAGGGGGAAGAGAACACAGCCAGAGCUUUAAUAUAUAAGAGAGACAGGCUUCUUUCUUUCUUUUCCUUUUCCAUUCUUUUCUUUACUUUUAUCCUUUCCUUUCCCUCUCCCCCCUUCUUUGCUUAUCAUUCUCUUCUCAGUCUUUUGCCUCCACUGGCGAGGAGGGUGAGCCGGCCUCUCCUCUAAGGAGGUUUUCCGCCGUGAGGGUAUGAGAGAUAAAGAAAGAAAGAUGACAUGGUGCAACAGCUGCGAUGAUGAUCGUGCGAACGACAGGAGCUCGACUUCUUAUGCAAACGUGAUCAAGACGUGCCCUUCAUGCGGCCACCGCAUCCAAUAUGAGGAACAGGCUGCGGCUGCUGCCAUCCAAGACUUGCCUGGGCUGCCUGCUGGUGUGAAGUUCGAUCCAACCGACCAGGAGAUUCUCGAGCACUUGGAGGGGAAGGCCAGGCCAGAUUCGCAGAAGCUUCACCCUCUCAUCGAUGAGUUUAUUCCUACAAUUGAGGGCGAGAACGGGAUCUGCUACACCCACCCAGAGAAACUCCCCGGAGUGAGCAGGGAUGGUCUAAUUCGACACUUCUUCCAUCGCCCCUCCAAGGCAUAUACGACAGGGACUAGGAAGCGAAGAAAAGUGCAUACAGACGCCCAUGGAGGUGAGACCCGGUGGCACAAAACCGGCAAGACAAGACCAGUGCUCGUAGGUGGGAAGCUCAUGGGGUACAAGAAGAUACUGGUUCUCUACACUAACUACGGCAAACAGCGAAAACCUGAGAAAACUAAUUGGGUGAUGCACCAGUAUCACUUGGGCUCUGAUGAAGAAGAAAAGGAUGGUGAGUUAGUUGUGUCAAAGGUAUUCUACCAGACGCAACCAAGACAAUGUGGCUCGGUUGCAAAGGAUGCAGUUCAGGGAAAAUCUAAAGGUCUAAAUGGGGAUGAUCAUCCCAUCCUCAAGGAUGCCAGCAUUGUGGAUUACUACAACUCAUCACUAAUCACCUAUAAUCAAGGUGGGCACAAUAGAGCAAGCUCCCCUCAUUUGAUACCCAACUUCGCUGUACAUUCUGGUGGAACUUCCUAUCUUCCUUAAGUGGAUCAAAGUAUCCUUCUUUUUGAUUGCAUGCACAAGAAAAUGACUGAAAAAGAAGAAGGCGAGAUGGAGGGAAGCAUUGCUGGGGGGGGGGGGGGGGGAGCUUUUGUACAAAGGUGAAUAAACUUGACCCAUGUUGAAACUUUACAUAAGUGGUAGCAUUCAAGUUAAUAAUUGAGAGGGCAUGCACAUUCUUUAGUACAAAGCUAAGAAAUCCAUCAAUGAUAAAACUAUCAGCUUUUGCCUCAGUUACUGUAAAGAGACUGCAACUUGCAGCACUUGUAUGCUAAGAAGGGGAGAGCGUUGGAAACUCUUUUGUUAUGGUCAUAAGGAUGCCAUGGCAGUUUUAUUAUGUGCUGCCAUAAAGUUGAACGAUAUAGAAAGGUGACGACAGAUAGAAGACUUAUUUCAUGCCUAAAUCAUAACUGUAUUUUUUCUUUGUAAUGAUGACUGGAUGAUGCAAGCUUGCGAAGCCUGGAUGAUUUUGAUUUCA